UUCUGUCUCUCUUUCUCUGUUGAUCUUUUUGUGUUUGAGAGAUUGUUCUUCUCCUCUCGUGUUCCUGAGUGUGUGUAUACACUGAGUCUGUGAGUGAGGGAGAUUGUGAGUGAGGAAACUUGUGGUUUCUAGUCUAAGGGAUAUGACUGGUGGUAGUGAAGUUUUCUUGUGAUUCUGAGGAGAUUCAGCCGUGGUGAUUUGCUGGAACUAAGGUGCUUGACCUUGACUGCAGUCUGCGGGAUUGUUCAAUCUAGGGUUCUUAUGGAUGCUGUGAAGCAGAUCUUGAUUUGCUAUAGUUUCACCUUGAGUGGCAAAUCAAUCGGUGAACAAGGAAUUGAGGGUCGGAUAUUUUAGGCCUGUGCAGUUGUACCUGGUGCAACUUGAGCCUAUGAUUAAUCUUUGAUCCUUUGGAUAUUUCUUUGUUGAUUAACUGUUGUUAGCUUACCUUUUUGGUUUGAGGUGAACGCAUUUGACGUGUGCGUUAAGUGUUGCAGGUUAGAUCGAUUGAAGACUGAGGACUGGAGAUCUAGUAGUUCUAUACCUAGAUCUGUUGUAACAUCUUGUAAUACUUGUGUAAUCUUGGCUGAUUGAGACCUUACAAUAACAAUAAAAUAAAAGAAAGAAAAGAUUACUACAUUCGUUUUAAAAUUCCAAUUUAUUUAUAGCAAUUACUGCAUAUAAAUUUGAUCAGAGCAUAGAAUUUCUUGGUGUAAGAGUUGGAUUCACUACUCAAAUGAAAUUCAUUUCAGAAAUCACUGACAAAAGAGUGCCUUGUUAUCGCCUUCUUGAUGAUGAUGGCUUUCUCAUUUCAGGCACUACAUAUGAGCAGCUGGACAAAGAAACGACGGUGAAGAUGUACGAAAGUAUGGUGAGUCUUCAAAUAAUGGAUACAAUCUUCUACGAGGCGCAACGACAAGGGAGGUUGUCGUUUUAUGUGACCUCAACCGGAGAGGAGGCCAUCAACAUUGCAACAGCUGCUGCUCUCUCGCCCGAUGACAUUAUAUUGCCACAGUAUCGGGAGCCCGGGAUCCUGUUAUGGCGCGAUUUCAGCAUGGAAGAGUUUGCGAGCCAAUGCUUUGGGACGAAAGAUGGUCAUGGGAAAGGCAGGCAGACGCCAAUACAUUAUGGCUCCAAGAGCCACAAUUUCUUCACUGUUUCCUCACCAAUAGCGACGCAGCUGCCUCAAGUUGCGGGCGUCACUUACUCUCUUAAGAUGGACGGGAAGGAAGCAUGCGAGGUUGCUUUCACCGGGGAUGGUGGCACCAGUGAGGGAGAUUUUCAUGCUUCAAUGAAUUUUGCAGCAGUGAUGGAAGCACCUGUGUUGUUUGUAUGCCGCAACAAUGGAUGGGCUAUAAGAAAUCCUAUUUCACAGCAGUUUAGACGCGAUGGUGUGGUUGUGAAGGGGCAGGGGUAUGGAAUUCGUAGCAUUCGUGUUGGCGGGAACGGUGCUCUCGCUGUUUAUAGUGCGGUACGCGCAGCUAAGGAGAUGGUUGUGCGUGAACAGAAGCCCGUGCUAGUCGAGGCACUUACGUAUCGAGUAGGGCACCAUUCGACACCAGACGACUCUACAAAAUACCGAUCAGUGAGCGAGAUUGAGCAAUGGAAAAGUAGCGGGAAUCCAAUGACCAGAUUUAGGAACUGGGUUCAAGCAAAUGGUUGGUGGACGGACGAGCAGGAAACCGAGCUUCGUGGGGCCAUCCGGAAACAGGUGUUGAAGGCCAUUCAAGUCGCGGAAAAAACACAGAAACCGUCUCUUAAAGAUUAGUUCAGUGAUGUGUAUGACAAGCUGCCCUCAAAUUUGCAAGAACAAGAGAAAUCUCUGAGAGAAACCAUCAACAAAUAUAAACAAGACUAAAUAAAGAAUAACAAAUUAAAUAAAGAAUAACA